UCUUCCUCUUUUUGACCGUACUGUGACUAACUGUAGCCUUCUCCUCGCUUGAGUUUGCCUCUCAUUCUUCUUUCCUCCCUUUCCUCCCCAAGUCUCACCACCGCCCGCCGUGCAUUUGAUAUUGAAAGCCUCCUCGUCUUCUUCGCCCUUUUAAUUUUUCCUUCUCCUUCUCUUGAAUCUCUGCCACCCACUUGCUGUAUUUCUGUCUUUCUGUGCAAUUUCUCAUAAAUUGGAUACGGGAUUUUUUUCUUGAAAAAUCCAUUUAGAUUCAAAUGGGUGAUAGUCAGUACUCCUUUUCUCUCACCACUUUCAGCCCUUCUGGGAAGCUUGUUCAGAUUGAACAUGCCUUAACUGCAGUUGGGUCUGGUCAAACAUCGCUGGGGAUUAAAGCUGCUAAUGGUGUUGUUAUUGCAACCGAGAAAAAAUUACCAUCCAUCCUGGUCGACGAGACAUCUGUACAAAAGAUCCAGAGUUUGACUACAAAUAUUGGAGUUGUAUACAGUGGCAUGGGCCCUGAUUUCCGAGUCCUGGUGCGCAAAAGUAGGAAGCAAGCUGAGCAAUAUCAUCGACUGUAUAAAGAAUCAAUUCCUGUUACACAACUUGUCCGGGAAACUGCUACGGUCAUGCAGGAAUUUACCCAGUCCGGUGGUGUAAGACCAUUUGGUGUUUCACUCUUGGUUGCUGGAUAUGAUGACAAGGGGCCACAACUGUAUCAAGUGGAUCCAUCAGGUUCAUACUUCUCCUGGAAGGCUUCAGCUAUGGGGAAGAAUGUGUCUAAUGCAAAAACAUUUCUUGAAAAGAGGUACACAGAGGAUAUGGAACUUGAUGAUGCUGUUCACACUGCUAUUUUGACCCUCAAAGAGGGGUUUGAAGGACAAAUUUCUGGCAAAAACAUUGAGAUUGGCAUUAUUGGCAAUGACAGAAAAUUUAGGGUGCUUUCACCAGCUGAAGUUGAUGAUUACCUGCAGGAAGUAGAGUAGAUAAGAGUUUAUUCUAGCGAGGAGAUUGGAGAUUUUUACAUUUGUAUCAGAAAGAAAGCGUAUUGAGUUGUAGAAAAUCUGGUGCCAGUUGGGUCAUGAUCGUUCUUCCCAGUGGUUUUAUUCUAAACCUACCAUCUUAAAACGUUGGAAGUGCUAAAUGUAUACAUCAUUUACCUUGUGCAUACUUGCAGUACACUUGACUCUCUUUAUCUCAUACUGCAUUGUUUAUUUGGUCUUAAAAUUAUUUCGUUGGAGAUGCUAA